UGGACCGCGGAGGUAGCAGCACCUGAGGGCUCCGAAGAGGACCGGGGAUUCCCGUCCCCUCUUCCCUCUCCCCGCUCCGGCCCGCGCCGCCAGACCAUGGCAGCAGUGACCAUGUCGGUGGCCGGGCGGAAGGUGCCCCCCAGGCCAGGCCCAGUGCCCGAGGUGGCCCAGCCAUUCCUGUUCACGCCCCGCGGGCCCAGCGCGGGUGGUGGGCCUGGGGGCUCUGGCACCUCCCCGCAGGUGGAGUGGACGGCCCGGCGCCUCGUGUGGGUGCCAUCGGAGCUCCAUGGGUUCGAGGCAGCGGCGCUGCGGGACGAGGGCGAGGAGGAGGCCGAGGUGGAGCUGGCGGAGAGUGGGCGGCGGCUGCGGCUACCCCGGGACCAGAUCCAGCGCAUGAACCCGCCCAAAUUCAGCAAGGCCGAGGAUAUGGCUGAGCUGACCUGCCUCAACGAGGCCUCGGUCCUGCACAACCUCCGCGAGCGAUACUACUCGGGCCUCAUCUACACGUACUCCGGACUUUUCUGUGUGGUCAUCAACCCGUACAAGCAGCUUCCCAUCUAUACAGAGGCCAUUGUGGAGAUGUACCGGGGCAAGAAGCGCCACGAGGUGCCGCCUCAUGUGUAUGCAGUGACCGAGGGGGCCUACCGAAGCAUGCUCCAGGAUCGUGAGGAUCAGUCCAUUCUCUGCACCGGGGAGUCUGGAGCCGGGAAGACGGAAAACACCAAGAAGGUCAUCCAGUACCUGGCCCACGUGGCAUCAUCACCAAAGGGCAGGAAGGAGCCGGGCGUCCCUGCCUCCGCCAGCACCGUGUCUUAUGGGGAGCUGGAGCGGCAGCUGCUUCAGGCCAACCCCAUCCUGGAGGCCUUCGGCAAUGCCAAGACGGUGAAGAAUGACAACUCCUCCCGAUUUGGCAAAUUCAUCCGCAUCAACUUCGACGUUGCCGGGUACAUCGUGGGCGCCAACAUCGAGACCUACCUGCUGGAGAAGUCGCGGGCCAUCCGCCAGGCCAAGGACGAGCGCAGCUUCCACAUCUUCUACCAGCUGCUGGGGGGCGCCGGAGAGCAGCUCAAGGCCGACCUCCUCCUCGAGCCCAGCUCCCGCUACCGCUUCCUGACCGACGGGCCGCCGCCCUCCCCCAGCCAGGAGCGGGAGCUCUUCCAGGAGACGCUGGAGUCCCUGCGGGUCCUGGGAUUCACCCACGAGGAGAUCACCUCCAUGCUGCGCACGGUGUCGGCGGUUCUCCAGUUCGGCAACGUCGUCCUGAAGAGCGAGCGGAACACGGAUCAGGCCACCAUGCCGGACAACACAGCUGCGCAGAAGCUCUGCCGCCUCCUGGGACUGGGGGUGACAGAUUUCUCUCGAGCCCUGCUCACCCCUCGCAUCAAAGUUGGCCGAGACUACGUGCAGAAAGCCCAGACCAAGGAACAGGCUGACUUCGCGCUGGAGGCCCUGGCCAAAGCCACCUACGAGCGCCUCUUCCGCUGGCUGGUCCUGCGUCUCAACCGCGCUCUGGACCGCAGCCCCCGCCAGGGCGCCUCCUUCCUGGGCAUCCUGGACAUCGCGGGCUUCGAGAUCUUCCAGCUGAACUCCUUCGAGCAGCUGUGCAUCAACUACACCAACGAGAAGCUGCAGCAGCUGUUCAACCACACCAUGUUCGUGCUGGAGCAGGAGGAGUACCAGCGCGAGGGCAUCCCCUGGACCUUCCUCGACUUCGGCCUCGACCUGCAGCCCUGCAUCGACCUCAUUGAGCGGCCGGCCAACCCGCCUGGGCUCCUGGCCCUGCUGGACGAGGAGUGCUGGUUCCCAAAGGCCACAGACAAGUCGUUCGUGGAGAAGGUAGCCCAGGAGCAGGGCGGCCACCCCAAGUUCCAGCUUCCAAGGCACCUGCGGGAUCAGGCCGACUUCAGUGUCUUGCACUAUGCGGGCAAGGUCGACUACAAGGCCAAUGAGUGGCUGAUGAAAAACAUGGACCCUCUGAAUGACAACGUUGCAGCCCUGCUUCACCAAAGCGCAGACCGGCUGACAGCAGAGAUCUGGAAAGAUGUGGAGGGCAUCGUAGGGCUGGAACAGGUCAACAGCCUUGGGGAUGGCCCACCAGGUGGCCGGCCCCGUCGGGGCAUGUUCCGGACAGUGGGACAGCUCUACAAGGAGUCCCUGAGCCGCCUCAUGGCCACACUCAGCAACACCAACCCCAGUUUCGUCCGCUGCAUUGUCCCCAACCAUGAGAAGAGGGCUGGGAAGCUGGAGCCGAGGCUGGUGCUGGACCAGCUGCGCUGCAACGGCGUCCUGGAGGGCAUCCGCAUCUGUCGCCAGGGCUUCCCCAACCGCAUCCUCUUCCAGGAGUUCCGGCAGCGGUGAGCGGGGCUGGGCGGGGCUGGGCGGGGCUCGGGGUUUGAAGCUGCCACUCUUGCAUUUGAAUUGCUAUUCUGAAUCCAGGCCCUGGAACUGGACCCCAACCUCUACCGCGUGGGACAGAGCAAGAUCUUCUUCCGGGCGGGGGUCCUGGCCCAGCUGGAAGAGGAGCGGGACCUGAAAGUCACCGACAUCAUUGUGUCCUUCCAGGCAGCCGCCCGGGGAUACCUGGCCCGCAGGGCCUUCCAGAAGCGGCAGCAGCAGCAGAGCGCCCUGCGGGUGAUGCAGCGGAACUGCGCGGCCUACCUCAAGCUCAGGCACUGGCAGUGGUGGCGGCUCUUUACCAAGGUGAAGCCACUGCUGCAGGUGACGCGGCAGGACGAGGUGCUGCAGGCGCGGGCCCAGGAGCUACAGAAAGUGCAGGAGUUGCAGCAGCAGAGCGCCCGCGAAGUGGGCGAGCUCCAGGGCCGCGUGGCGCAGCUGGAAGAGGAGCGCACCCGCCUGGCAGAGCAAUUGCGGGCGGAGGCAGAACUGUGUGCGGAGGCGGAGGAGACGCGGGAGCGGCUCGCAGCCCGCAAGCAGGAGCUGGAGCUGGUGGUGUCCGAGCUGGAGACUCGCAUGGGCGAGGAGGAGGAGUGCAGCCGACAGCUGCAAACCGAGAAGAAGAGGCUGCAGCAGCACAUACAGGAGCUGGAGACCCACCUGGAGGCUGAGGAGGGGGCGCGGCAGAAGCUGCAGCUGGAGAAGGUGACGACGGAGGCCAAGCUGAAGAAGUUUGAGGAGGACCUGCUGCUGCUGGAGGACCAGAACGCCAAGCUGAGCAAGGAGCGGAGGCUGCUAGAGGAGCGUCUGGCCGAGUUCUCAUCCCAGGCGGCCGAGGAGGAAGAGAAGGUCAAGAGCCUCAAUAAGCUACGACUCAAGUACGAGGCCACGAUCGCAGACAUGGAGGACCGCCUGCGGAAGGAGGAGAAGAGUCGCCAGGAGCUGGAGAAGCUGAAGCGGCGCCUGGAUGGGGAGAGCUCGGAGCUGCAGGAGCAGAUGGUGGAGCAACAGCAGAGGGCGGAGGAGCUGCGAGGGCAGCUGGGCCGCAAGGAGGAGGAGCUGCAGGCGGCCCUGGCCAGGGCAGAAGAUGAGGGUGGGGCCCGGGCCCAGAUGCUCAAAUCCCUGCGGGAGGCGCAGGCAGCCCUGGCUGAGGCCCAGGAGGACCUGGACGCCGAGCGCGCGGCCAGGGCCAAGGCAGAGAAGCAGCGCCGGGACCUGGGCGAGGAGCUGGAGGCGCUGCGGGGCGAGCUGGAGGACACGCUGGACUCCACCAACGCGCAACAGGAGCUCCGGUCCAAGAGGGAGCAGGAGGUGACGGAGUUGAAGAAAGCUCUGGAGGAGGAGACGCGUGUCCACGAGGUGGCGGUGCAGGAGCUGAGGCAGCGGCACGGCCAGGCCCUGGGGGAGCUGGCAGAACAGCUGGAGCAGGCCCGGAGGGGCAAAGGCGCAUGGGAGAAGACCCGGUUGGCCCUGGAGGCCGAGGUGUCCGAGCUGCGGGUGGAACUGAGCAACCUGCAGACUGCCCGUCAGGAGGGUGAGCAGCGGAGGCGCCGCCUGGAGUCACAGCUGCAGGAGGUGCAGGGCCGGGCUGGCGACGGGGAGAGGGCACGAGUGGAGGCUGCUGAGAAGCUGCAGCGAGCCCAGGCUGAGCUGGAGAACGUGUCCGGGGCGCUCAGCGAGGCCGAGUCCAGAGCCAUCCGGCUGGGCAAGGAGCUGAGCAGCACGGAAGCCCAGCUGCACGACGCUCAGGAGGUGCUGCAGGAAGAGACCAGGGUGAAGUUGGCCUUGGGGUCCCGGGUGCGAGCCCUGGAGGCUGAGCUGGCCGGGCUGCGGGAGCAGCUGGAGGAGGAGGCGGCCGCCAGGGAGCGGGCGGGCCGCGAGCUGCAGACCGCCCAGGCCCAGCUCUCAGAGUGGCGGCGGCGCCAGGAGGAGGAGGCAGGGGCCCUGGAGGCAGGGGAAGAGGCACGGCGCCGGGCAGCCCGAGAGGCUGAGGCCCUGACCCAACGCCUGGCAGAGAAGACAGAGACGGUGGAUCGGCUGGAGCGGGGCCGUCGCCGGCUGCAGCAGGAACUAGACGACGCCACCAUGGACCUGGAGCAACAGCGGCAGCUCGUGAGCACUCUGGAGAAGAAGCAGCGCAAGUUCGACCAGCUUCUGGCAGAGGAGAAGACGGCCGUGCUGCGAGCCGUGGAGGACCGCGAGCGCGCGGAGGCCGAGGGCCGGGAGCGCGAGGCUCGGGCGCUGUCGCUCACGCGGGCGCUGGAGGAGGAGCAGGAGGCACGCGAGGAGCUGGAGCGGCAGAACCGGGCCCUGCGCGCCGAGCUGGAGGCGCUGCUGAGCAGCAAGGACGACGUCGGCAAGAGCGUGCACGAGCUGGAACGAGCUCGGCGGGUGGCAGAGCAGGCAGCCAGCGACCUGCGAACGCAGGUGACCGAACUGGAGGAUGAGCUGACGGCGGCAGAGGAUGCCAAGCUGCGUCUGGAGGUGACCGUGCAGGCUCUCAAGACGCAGCACGAGCGUGACCUGCAGGGCCGUGACGAGGCUGGUGAGGAGAGGCGGCGGCAGCUGGCCAAGCAGCUGCGGGAUGCCGAGGUGGAGCGGGACGAGGAGCGGAAGCAGCGGGCUCUGGCCGUGGCUGCCCGCAAGAAGCUGGAGGCCGAGCUGGAGGAGCUGAAAGCCCAGACGGCCGCCGCUGGGCAGGGCAAGGAGGAGGCGGUGAAGCAGCUUCGUAAGAUGCAGGCCCAGAUGAAGGAGCUGUGGCGGGAGGUAGAGGAGACACGGAGCUCCCGGGAUGACAUCUUUGGCCAGAACCGGGAAAGUGAGAAGCGCCUCAAGGCGCUGGAAGAGGAGGUGCUGAGGCUGCAGGAGGAGCUGGCCGCCUCAGACCGUGCCCGGAGGCAGGCCCAGCAGGAUCGGGACGAGAUGGCAGACGAGGUGGCCAAUGGCAACCUUAGCAAGGCAGCCAUUCUGGACGAGAAGCGGCAGCUGGAGGGGCGCCUGGGGCAGAUGGAAGAAGAGCUGGAGGAGGAGCAGAGCAAUGCAGAGCUGCUCAAUGACCGCUACCGCAAGCUGCUCCUGCAGGUGGAAUCACUGACCACAGAGUUGUCUGCUGAGCGCAGUUUCUCAGCCAAAGCAGAAAGCGGACGACAGCAACUGGAACGGCAGAUGCAGGAGCUACGGGGACGCCUGGGUGAAGAGGAUGCUGGGGCCCGGGCCCGCCAAAAGAUGGUCAUCGCUGCCCUUGAGUCUAAGUUGGCCCAGGCUGAGGAGCAGCUGGAACAGGAAAGCAGAGAGCGCAUCCUCUCUGGCAAGCUGGUGCGCAGAGCUGAGAAGCGGCUUAAAGAGGUGGUGCUCCAGGUGGAGGAGGAGCGGAGGGUAGCUGACCAGCUCCGGGACCAGCUGGAGAAGGGAAACCUUCGAGUGAAACAGCUGAAGCGGCAGCUGGAGGAGGCCGAGGAGGAGGCAUCCCGGGCUCAGGCUGGCCGCCGGAGGCUGCAGCGUGAGCUAGAGGAUGUCACAGAGUCCGCCGAGUCAAUGAACCGCGAGGUGACCACGCUGAGGAACCGGCUUCGACGCGGCCCCCUCACCUUCACCACCCGCACGGUGCGGCAGGUCUUCCGACUAGAGGAGGGCGUGGCAUCCGACGAAGAGAUGGAGGAGGCAGAGCCGGGGUCUGGGCCACCACCCCCGGAGCCUGAGGGGUCCCCACAAGCCCAGCCCCAGUGACCCCACCCUGCCCCCAGAUACACUAACAGACAGGACCCAGGUCCCUUCCUCCCUGGCCCCUGUGGGCACGUGUCCCAGAAACCCCACUCUCUGGCUUCUUGCACUUUGGAAAUGGUGCCACCCUUGGGCACUUUGGCAUUUAUCAACCCCACCCUGGGCCCCCUGAGACCUCCCAUCAACCAAUGACCCCUGAACACAGAGGAGUGGGGCUCUCUUGCUUGUGGGGAAAUUGGGUACAGUUGGCGAGCUGUGGUCCCAUCAGCUCCCCAUCCUUUCUUCGGUUGUUAAUGAUCUUUACGUAUUAGGAGCAAGAUGGGCUCCCUGCCCUACUCAGACAGUGCUCCGUUUCCUCUGCUUCUCCCUUCCUCCCUCCCUUGGUCUUUCUCCUUCUCUGCAUCUCUCUAGGAAUCUUGCUCUCACACUUUUGUAUCUCCACGUAGCCACUCUCCUUCCCCCAUUUCUGCCCCUACCCCUAAACUUCUGAGUGACCGAAGCUUGAGCCCCAGGCCUCCACCAGCCUCGAACCUUUGCAAGGAGCAGGACGAGGGGACCCCUCUCACUCCCCUCCUGCCCCAUGCUCUGCCCUCCCUUCUGGUUGCUCUUGUGUGAUCAAGGUUUGGAGUUUCCCCGGGAGGCUGGAGGAAUCUCCCUUACCCUCCCAGCCUCUCGGCUCUGGCAGUAAUAAACUCCAGCCCCCAACUGGA